UUAGCGGCAAAUGAAGUAAGCAAGCUAACUUAUUCGUAUCAACACACGUGCUCCGAAUUACUGCGAAUAGUCAAUUCGAAUUGAAUACAAAUUCGUUUCAAACAGAAAUAUAUAGGAAAGUUAUAGAAAAAAAUACAUUGUGAAAUUCAAUCAUAAACAAAACAAAACAAAACAGAACAGAACAGAACAAAGGAAGAUGCCACGGUCCAAGCGUGAUAAAAAGAUUUCGCUCACUAAAACAGAGCGCAAAGGGUUACAAUGGAAACAACAGAUUGUUGAAGACAUCAGAAACUGUGUACAGAAAUAUCCAAACAUUUAUUUGUUUUCUGUGCAAAAUAUGCGGAAUAAUUUGCUAAAAGAACUGCGCUCAGAAUGGAAGAGAGAUGCACGUUUCAUAUUCGGUAAAAAUCGUGUUAUGCAAUUGGGCCUGGGAAAAUCAGAAGAUGACGAAGUUGAGUCAGAUUUACAUAAAUUGUCAAAACGAUUGCGCGGUCAAUGUGGUUUGCUGUUUACAGUUCGAGGUGAAGAUGAUGUAUUGGAGUGGUCAAAACAGUAUUCGGCCUUGGAAUAUGCACGCAGCGGCUUUAUUGCAACUGAAACCGUAGUUCUGUCAGAAGGUCCACUGGAGGACUUUUCACACGCUAUUGAGCCACAUUUGCGUUCACUUGGAAUGCCAACAAAAUUGGAAAAGGGAAUUGUUACACUCUACAAAGAUUACACUGUCUGUACCGAAGGAAAGGUUCUAACACCAGAACAGGCCCGAAUUCUGAAACUAAUCGCCAAACCGAUGGCAACAUUCACGCUGGAAAUUAAGUGCAGUUGGUCGCGAGAGAAAGGUUAUAAAUCAUACGUUACCGAUGAUGUAUCUGCGACUGACAGCGGCAGCAAUGCGGGCGAUGAAGAAGACGUCGAAAUGAGCGAUGAGGAAUGAAUAUUAGCGUGUAUAUAUAUUGAUAUACUGUAAGCCUAAUUUACAAUAUUUUGAAAUGCAAAAUUAAACGAAAUUUGUGGAAAUA